AGAUUCUUUGAAAUAUGACCUCACCGUUUCUUAACCAAUCACCGUUCAGAUGAAAUAAAGAGUUCCUGCCCGAUAUAAGGCUAUCCCGAGCAACGUUCCGCAUUUCUUUCCUGCUGUCGCCUUGAGUGUACGCACAUAUUUUGCUUGGACUAUCAUUGUUAAUUUCAUCAGAUUUUUGUUUCUUCAUCGUUUUGAACAUGAAUCCUGGACAGCCACGAAACCACAUCGCUGCAGAGACGGAAAACCUGCCUGAGAAAGAAUCCAUGCCUUUGAAUGAUAAAGUGGAGGACUGCAAUCUUUUUCGAACGCGAGAUAUCCCUUGCACCAAAAGGAAGGCAGAAGAAACAAGCCAUUUCGAGAAAAAAGUACGUAUUUGUAAAAAAGCGCAAAGGACUUUUUACUGAAGACACUAUUCCAGAGGAGCUUACUCACAUGGGAAACAAUGUCUUUGUGGGACCCAGCAUUUACAAGGGAAAAGUUACUGUGCACAUUCGAGAGUAUGCUAAAUAUGGUAAAUCGUACUAUCCGACAAGACGUGGAGUGAACUUUGAGCCAUGGUGUUUGAAUGUUCUCGCAACCAACAUGACAGUGGAGGAACCAGACCUGCUGACACUGAAUCUGGAAUUGCCCAAGAAUUUUGUGGUCACGUAUAAAGAUUCCCACUUCACUUUGAAGCAACUCUCUUCGACAGGAGAGGCAAAAUGUAGCCUCAGCAUUACGACUGCGCAGUGGGAAGAACUGAUGACACAUUUUAGCCGUAUCAGUGACAUUGUCACCAACCUCGUUUAUCAAAAUAUGAACUUUUGUGAAGCCUAUGAAAGCGUAUCUGACGAACCUAUUAACGAGGAAAAUCUUCCAGAAUCCUUCGAUCUUUCCAUGGGAAGAGCACGCCUCGAAACCAUUCUAAAGAUGUCGCUUGAAGAGCUUCUUAACCAACAAGAAGAACUAAAAUAUCCCCAGCGCAUAGACUGUGAAGAACUUGUUCAUAAGACAGAAACUGUGAAUGCCAUUGCUCUGAGAUUCAAUGCUGUUGACAUCGCCAGACAAUUUUACGGAAAUAUUUGGGGUGAAGAAUCCUAUUUAAUGUUACUGAAACCUGCUCACUACAUUACCAAGGACUUUUUAAAAUCUGUGUGUUUAAACCAUGUACUCGACGAAGUAAAAAACACAUUUUGUACUACGAAUGGUGUCUUAGGUAUUGAAUACUAUGAAUAUCUGUAAAUUAAUUAUGAUGUUCAA